GUGAGGCUCCUGGAGCAGCAGAACAAGGUGCUGACCACCAAGUGGGAGCUGCUGCAGCAGUAUGUGCUGCCAGCGUCCCGCAGGAACCUGGAGCCUGUGUUUGAGAACUUCAUCUGCAACCUGAGGAAGCAACUGGAGUGUGUGAUGGGGGAGAGGGAGAGGCUGGAGAACGAGGAGAGAUGUCUCCGGGACCUUGUUCAGGAGUUCAAGUGCAAGUAUGAGGAUGAGAUCAACAAGCGCACGGCGGCGGAGAAUGAGUUCGUGGUCCUCAAGAAGGAUGUGGAUUGUCUCUACCUGACCAAGGAGGAGCUGGAGGUCAGGGUUGGUCUCCUGCGGCAGCAGUUGGAGUUCCUGAAGUGCAUCUACGCCGAGGAGAGAGCUCAGAUGGAUUGUCAGCUGUGUGACACCUCUGUCAUCGUGCAAAUGGACAACAGCAGGGACUUGGACAUGGAAGGCAUCAUCAAAAGUGUGGAGUGCUGCUAUGAGGAGAUUGCCCAGAAGAGCAAAGCUGAGGUCGAGGCUUUCUACCAGACCAGACUGGAGGAGCUCCACAGCAGCAGAGGCAAGUUCUGUGAUGACCUGAGGAACAACCAGAGUGAGAUAGCUGAGCUGAACAGGAUGAUCCAGAAGCUGCAGUGCGAGUCGGAUAACGUCAAGAAACAGAUCUCAGCCCUGCAGACAGCGAUCUGUGACGCAGAGCAGAGAGGGGACUGUGCCCUCAAAGAUGCUCGUCAGAAGCUGGUUGACCUGCAGACUGCCCUGCAGCAAGCCAAGGACAAGAUGGCUUGUCUGCUGAGAGACUACCAGGAGCUGCUGAACGUCAAGCUGGCCCUGGACAUUGAGAUUGCCACGUACAGGACACUGCUGGAAGGAGAGGAGAGCAGGUAG